UAGUGGCAGAAUGAUGUGGCAGGCAGAAAUAAAUAUAAACCCGGGAACUUCUAACUACGUUUUAUAUUUAGGUAUUAAAUAGAAAAUGAAUAUCUGUGAAAUUCUACUAAAAGCGAAGUCCAUUUCGCAUAUAUCUUGUACAUUUUUUGUGACAACCUUUGUGACAACAGUUUGUUUGGUAACAAGCAAAAAGCCACACACCCAGCGACUGCAAGCAACUUGGCGUCUUGAGUGCGAAUUAGGAAUUAUCUCUGACCUGGAUUGCCCCAUAGAUGGGUGUUGGUCUCCGUGGGCACCUUGGUCAGCUUGUCACGGAACUUGUGAUAACGUGGGACACCGAAAAAGAACACGGGAGUGCAACAAUCCAUCGCCUUCUAAAGAUGGCAUGCCUUGCAGUGGCCCGGACGAACAAAUCGAGUCUUGUUAUUUAAUAAACUGCACUACCAACGAUUAUCGAAGGAUAGUUGAAGGAGAUAUUCCCAGAGCACAAGCAUUAAAGCAACUGGAAGCUAUGCCAGGAUUCAUGGAGAGAUGUCUCCAAAUGGAAUGCCCUUUUGAAGCUGUUGAGGCCGCUCUGGCGCUAGAAAACACUUGGCAGUUAAAAUCCGAAGCUCUGUGGAGUGCUCUCCAAUGCGUUAAACACAACAUUGGUUGUCUCGUAACAGGAGAGUGGGGUGCAUGGAGCCCAUGGUCACCUUGUGGAGCACGUUGCGGCAAAGGCCGGCGGUGGAAAACUAGGCAAUGUGAUACACCCCCUCCCUCGGCAGCCCAUUUAGUAUGUUCAGGGACUCCCUUACAAUAUGAAGAGUGCGAAGGUGACCAAUGUGCAAUUGAUGGAGAAUAUACGCAAAAUAGUGUAAGCGGAUCGUGGAGUGAAUGGGGUGAGUGGUCUAAAUGUUCGGAAAAAUGCGGAUCCGGAAUUCAACGAAGGAAAAGAACUUGUAUAGAAAAAUAUAUUUCUGAUUUUGCUAUUACUUGGGGUACACAUUGCCGUGGGCAAUACGACGAAUUGCAAGAGUGCGGUAAUAAACAAUGUGUACUUAAUGGGGGAUGGUCCGGCUGGAGAGCUUGGGGGCCAUGCUCACAGUCUUGUGGUGCAGGAAGGCGAUCGAGGACUAGAUCCUGUACAAGACCUGUUCCCUCCGGUAAUGGAAGUGACUGCGUCGGGCCUAAGGUCGAAGUAGGAUCAUGCCACCUGCAACCCUGUGAAGUUUAUACCCACAUGAUUGGUGCAUUUAACGGUGAUUCCUUUUUACAGUACCACUUCCCACGCAAAAGAUCUACGUUCUUCCAUUUUUAUAUUCGUUUCAUGCCACUUUCUCCUCAUGGGAAUCUGAUACGUCGCGGAACGUCACAAAAUCCUCUUAUACGGGUUAGUUUACAUAAAUGGCAUGUGUGUUUAGAUGUAAAUGGAGUUGUAAAAUCUUGUAGUGUUCCCCGUAUGUGCUCUCCGACUGGUCUAGAACCCGUCACAUGGAACACGCUUGUGAUUACUGUGACCAAUGAAGCCGUUAAUAUGGGACUAAAUGACGCUCAAGCUUCUAUUCGCGGUUCGUUUCCUUGUGAUCCACAAUUCACAAACGACGUGAUGAAUAUAUACAUCGGUGAAAGAUUGCACGGUGAAGUUCAAGAGCUUAUCCUUAACUUUAUUCCAUUAAAUAUGAUUAUCGAUCGUGAACGGAGGUCUGACCGGAAUGACUUCUUUCCUAGUUUAGCAUCCAAUAUAGCCUACGAAAAAGCUAACAUGGAAGAAGCAUAUUUGAAUAUUCAAGAAGAUCAAUAUUUACGUCUGCCAUGUUUUCAAGCACAAGAUGAAUGGCAAUUAGAAUUAACAAUUAAAUCUAAACGAGAAGCGGGAUCAAUUCUUUUUUUACCAAGCAAAGAAAAUAACAAAUGGUUCUACAUAGCUUUACAUAACAUGAGAGUAAAAAUAAAAUUUGAGAACGACGACUUCAAGUCUGAAACAACAAGCUCAACUGACUGUCUUCCGGAUCAGUGGCUUGACAUAAAUAUUGUUAAAAAAAGGGAAACAAACACAAUAGAAGUUUCAUUAAAUUCUGGGGAACGCCUCCAUGUACUUCUGAUGGACGAUGUUAUAGACAACCGAGAAUCCCGUGAAACCGUUAAAUCAUUUAGUAUCUUAAAUAAGCGGUUGGUAGCAAAACAAUCUAUAAAUAAACAAUGUAAAAUAUAUUGUGAUAAUGAAACAAGGCCACAAGAAAUAUGUUCCGAUGAAUUUUUUAUUGGUGGACUGCCUGUAGACAUACAAAAUAGUUUAUCCGAAGAUUUCUCACCUUUUGCAGGCGUAAUAGCAUCGGUGAGAGUAAAUAAAAAAUUACUAGAUCUCCAUGAUUAUACUAUUGAAAGAGAAAAAGAUGGUGUCAUACAAGUUUCUUCGCGAACAGCUAGUAUAUCCGGUUCGUAUCACGAAACUGCUUGGGGCGAAUCGAACAAACUUAAUUUGACUUGUCUUUAUGCUCGCAACUCAAGAUCACCGCGUACUGCAUAUUGGCUUUAUAUGGACACUGUACUACAAUUUAACAAAAAUGUUCGAUCUGCUGAUGAUGGACGAAUAUUAAGAUUAAUUAUCACAGCCGACAAUAAUCUUAAAGGUUUUUACACUUGUCGAGCGCGUGGUAAUAUGCGAACACGAAAUUUUGUAACUUAUGGGUUGCUUGGAAAAAUUAAUUAUAAACUUUCACAACCCGACAGCAUUACUAUUAUAGCCGUCUGCACAACUUUUGCUCUUGUGAUAUUUACCUUAGCAUGGCUUAUACUAGAAGGUUACUAUGACAUCUGUAACGGAUACGGAUUUUAUCGCGAUGCACACCUAAGUCCGGAAGAGGAAGCCGAGGUAGUAUGUAAGUAUAUUGAUCGAAAUACCCAUCUUAUUGGAUCUGAAAGUGCCGUCAAUUUAGCUAAAGCCAACGCUAGGCGUAGAGGUAAGCGCCUAGCCAGUAGAGCGAGUUUUGGAGCUCAAGAGCCAGAAGGUAUUUUAAAAACAGAAAAGGAAAUGGAAGAGAUGUUUAGUGACUGCGCAGCGAAUGAACCAGAAGGGCUGCCCGCUCUACCGGAAAGCAACAUUUUAGACAUAGAACCAUCACAUGAAGUGUACAGAUGUGAGCAAUCAUAUGUUAGCUCGCCGCGCCACGGUUCAAACAUAACAUCACACGGGAAAAAAAUGACAUCAUCUUCUUCCGUCGAUACUUCACCCAGAGUCCUGUGCUCCCGAUUACUAAUGACGAAGUAUAAAUGUUCACCUAAAGAAAGUGGCCCGAAAAAGAUUUCAAAUCGUGGUUGUUGCCUAGAUAAAAGAGAUAACUCUAGAUUAUUAACCAUACGAUCUUCAUCGAUAAUCAACGAUCUUCAACGAUCGCCGGUGCAAAGAGUUCUACAAAAGUUUAAAGAUCUAAAAAGUGAGAACGCGUAAUUCAUCAGUAUCACAGAAGCCUUCCGUACAUUGGCCUCGGUGGGCGAAAUUGCGCCAAAAUACAUUAGGAGACGCGGCAAGUAUUAUACUUAAAUAAAAUAGGCCAUGUUUAAAUAUUGUAAAAUAAUUUAUUUUUAAAAUGGAACAAUAAAAUUUAUUUCAUUAUUUUUAUAGAUAAAAUAAACGUGUAGUUUAGAUUGUUACAUAAAAUGUCAAAAUAUAAUAAUUAUUCGUAAUAAACUGUUGUAAAAGCAGCAGCGGACGGCGCGGGGCGGGGCGAUAUCACCAUUUUAUGAGGGUCACCUUUCUCUGAUAUAUUUUAUUUUUCACGGAUUUGAAUCCCAGAGAAGCCCAUGAAAGAUAAAUUUAACCAAUAAAGAGCGCGAGCAAAGCGAGCGGAAAUUUUUUACCUUAAAUUUUAUUGAGCUGAUUUUCGUCAAAUCUUUAAUUUACUGAUCAUAAAAUUUGGAAUUACUGAAGGAAUUCUCAAGAGCCGAAAAAGGGGGUAUUUGGCGCGUGCGGAGCCACCAUUACUUGAUCAGUCUGCGCUUUUAUCUACCGAUUAGCUAAUUUUUCCCCAUUACUCUCUCAUCAUUUUCUCUAAAUCAAUGGGGAGAACUGGGAGAUGUUACGCUAUAAAUACCAUACCGCGAGUGUGGGAUCGAAGGAUUUCAAGAACAUCAAGUUGCGGUUUUGUUUGUCCUUCCUUGAUACACGAUCGCGGGUAUCGCGUCCAUAAUAUUAAUAGUGUAACAGGCCCCAAUGCAAAGUAGCUUUGUACAUUUCAGCAUAACUGAGUCCCAUUAAUCCAGAUAAUAAUGAGUUUUCCAAUGAUAAUAAUAAUACUUAGCUGGUAGCAUUAUAAAAUUGCUUGUUAUUAAUAUUUUAUUUUAUUUUUAUUUUAUUCCUUUAUUUGUAAACAACAGCGGUACAAUUAUUAUAAUUUUACAU